CUCUGAAAUAAUCACUACAUCGUGAAAAUGGCUCCUAUUCGUACCGCCAUUAUCGGCCUCUCCGCAUCGGCCAAAACCUCUUGGGCCAGCAACGCCCAUCUUCCGUAUCUGCUCUCCGCUCGUGGUCGUUCCCGUUUCGAGAUCGUGGCCCUUUGCAACAGUAGCGUCGAGGCUGCUCAAAAGGCGAUUGCACAUUUCAACCUUCCAAAGGAAACCCGGGCUUAUGGAGAUCCCCAGUCACUGGCGAACGACAAGGACGUCGAACUCGUAGUCGUCAGUACUCGGGUCGACGUUCAUCACGGGACGGCCUUGCCCAGUGUCAAAGCGGGAAAAACAGUCUUCGUGGAAUGGCCACUCGCUCAGGAUAGUUCUCAUGCGGAGGAACUCGCAGGAUUAGCCAGAGAAAGCGGGAGCCACACUAUUGUAGGUCUCCAGGGCCGGGUUGCGCCGCCUGUUGUCAAACUUCGCCACCUACUGCAACAGGGCCGAAUUGGUCAAGUUCUGAGCAGUGAAAUACAUGCGGCCGGUGGUACAAUGGACCGCGACCUGCUGUCUCCUGGGUUAAAGUAUUUCACCGACAAGGCUAUAGGAGGAAAUGUCUUUACAAUUGGCUUGGGGCACUUGUUUGAUCAAGUGCAGUAUGUCUUGGGCGAACUCAGCGACUUCAAGAGUCAUGUUCAAAUACAGAGGCCCAAUGUGCGAAUCCGCGAUCCAGCAACGAACAAGAUCCUUGAGACAAUCAAGUCGGAUGUUCCGGAUCUCGUGUUCGCAGUUGGCACGCUUUCUGAGUCCACCACAAGCCAAGACGGGGCCAGUGUGCUCCUGCGGUUCAGACGGGGUCAACCUUUCAAUGGUGAGCCAGCCUUGGUCUGGACGAUCAAUGGCGAGAAAGGAGAGAUCCGCCUGGUAGCGCAGGACGGCACAACGUUGCAUGCGAAUGCUUACACAGGACCCGUGACCAUCGAGAUUCACGAUUUCGAAACCAACCAGGUUGAAACUGUGGAAUGGAGUUGGGAAGAAUGGCAGGAGGGUCUACCAGUUUUGGCCAGAAGCGUCGGUGCGGUAUAUGAGAUAUUUGCAGACGGCGGUAUUGAGAGUUUACCCUCGUUUGAUGAUGCAUUGUUGCGUCACCAACAGUUGACUGGAAUAUUGGAAAAUUGAAGGUACUUGGUGAGACAGCAUCAGGUAUUUCAACUAGGCCGAAGAUAUUAUUUGGGUUUAUUAAUUUUACAUUGCUG